CAAUUUCGCCCUCUCGGCCUCUCCCCAGCGCGCGCGGCGGCAGCGGCAACUUUUUUGCUUUUAUUUAGUUUUGGCUUUUUUUAUUUAUUUCAUUCGCUCGCCCCCCUUGCAUUUCCGCCGCCCCCCCUUUCUUUUGCUCCUUCUUCGCCUCGCGACCUCCGCUUCGUCGUCCUCCUCCCGCUGCUGCUCUGUUUUAUUUGGCGAUUUUUUUUUCGCUGGUUCGAGGAUUUUUUGGAGGAAUAUUUCGGGAUUUUUGGGGGAUUUUCUUUUUUGUGCGUGGAUUUUUUUUCUUUUUUUUUUUGGGGGGGGGGAGGCGUCCGGGUGCUGCUGCUAAAGGAGGGGAGAUGGGGAGAGUGUGCGUGAGCUCCAAUGGCGACUGCUCGUGGCGGGAAGCUUAGUAGGAGGAGGACGACGACUACGAGCAGGCGGGCGCGUGCGGGUUGCUGCGUGCAUGGAGGCCAAGCCGGUGGAAGCGAGUGCCGCGCCUGCUCCUGCGCCUCCGCCUAUGGCGGUAGCACCGGUUACGGCGGCGCCACCAGAGGCGACGGUGAGCUUCCAGCAGGCGGCGCCGGCGGCGGAGAUGGGUAGCUCGAGCGCCGUCCUGGUGCCGCCUCUAGCUACGGCGGCGGCGGUGGCGGGAGGAGGAGGCGGCGCCAUGGCGCUGGGGCCGGUGCUGAUGAAGGUGCCGAAGAAGCGCGGGAGGCCGCGCAAGUACGGGCCGGACGGGAGCCUGAUCCGCCCGCUCAACGCCACGCCGAUCUCGGCGUCCGCGCCCAUGCCCACCGCCGUGGCGCCCGGGCAGUACACGCCCGCCUCCGCGGUGGGCGCCGCCAUGAAGCGCGGCAGGGGACGGCCCCUCGACUUCGCCGCCGCCGCCGCCAAGCAGCAGCAGCAGCAGCAACAACACCAUCACCAGCACCACCACCUCCAGCACCACCAACACCAGCAGCCGCAGCAGCAGUUCGGCUUCCACUUCAACUCCAUAGGUGACAUGGUGGCAUGUUCUGCUGGUGCAAAUUUCACUCCGCAUAUAAUUACCGUCGCUCCUGGUGAGGAUGUGACGAUGAAGGUUAUAUCAUUUUCGCAACAAGGACCACGAGCUAUCUGUAUUCUCUCAGCAAACGGCGUUAUAUCGAACGUUACACUUCGUCAGCCUGAUUCCUCUGGUGGCACGCUAACUUAUGAGGGACGCUUUGAGUUGCUGUCCUUGUCUGGGUCCUUUAUGCCAACUGAAAACAACGGAACACGAAGUCGGUCAGGUGGGAUGAGCGUGUCUCUUGCAAGCCCAGACGGUCGUGUUGUCGGUGGAGGAGUUGCCGGCCUGCUGGUGGCAGCAAGUCCUGUUCAGAUUGUGGUUGGGAGUUUCCUGCCAAGCUACCAGAUGGAGCAGAAGAACAAGAAGCCACGGGUGGAUGCGGCACCUGCCACCGUCCCACAGACGCCUCCUGCUGUCCCAAUCUCGAGCACGGACACCCACAGCAGCGAGCAAGGGCAGCAGGCCCAGAGAGGGAUGACCUCAACAGGAGCCUACGGCGCGGACCAGAGCUGGGCAUCCUCUGCGCAGCAGCCGAUGGCCGAGGUGUCCAGGACGCCGUCAUCCGGGGACCUGAAGAUGACUGCGUCUGGAUCAUGAGCCCUCUGAAACCCAGCUGGAGCUAGCCACACUGACUGGGAGCCAAGGUCCCCGCCGGAAGAGGGAAGGAUGAUGGAUGUAUUGGUUCAUUUGUUCCUGACUUGUGAAAGAUGUGUCUACUGCUGCAGAUCUCGCACUAGGGCGGUCUAAUUGUUGCUGUAUGAUGAGGCAGGCAGGAGGAGAGACUAACAACUGCAUUCGCUGUAGCCGUGUGACCUUAGUGUGUUGUACCCAACCCCCCUACCUAGUAGGGUUUUGUAACACCCAUUGUCGGAGAGUGCGUGCGUGUGUGUAGUAGCUAUUACCAUUACCACCACAGUUUGAGUGUGCUAGCUAGCGGCGUGUGUUGUUUAGGCGACCUUGUCGAGUAAUUCUUGUGUUGGAUUAUUACCUUACCUUAAGUGCUGGAUUAAUUGGUACCCCUGUAUCUGUAUUGGAUCUGGAUCACCCCACUCCUGGAUUAAAUUAGCAUCAGAAAUUCUCCAUGUU